GCGGCCUUCAUCACUGGUGGACAGCACGACUACGGAUCGUUACGUCCAUCGUACAAAUCAUUGUCCCAGCUCGCUUCUCGGCGAGGCCGCAUCAAAGACCCUUGCCACGACGGUGUUGCCAAAAAUCUCGUUUCGCCACCAGUUACAUCUGACACAUUUCCUUCAACCGGGCUAUGAAAAUCCAAUAUCUCCUCAACAAACCUGAUGAUGAGCCCAUCGCAAAAUCCUGGGUGCCUCCAGGCCAACGAUGGCCGGUCAUGGCUGCUUCCAGUGCACCAACAUUACAUGUGAAUGACUCGAGGAGCCACCCUCACGAGUCGCAAGCAUGUUCAUCGCUGUUGGUAACAUGCCCGCACCCACUAGCUCCAUUCUCAGCUGGAUCGAACACCAAGCCGCAUGAACGGAAGUUGUUCGCAUGUCCUCACUGCUCAAGGAGCUUUGGUCGGAGACAAGAGCUCCGUCGACACUGUCGCUGCGUGCAUGCGACAGAGACUCCGUGGGUGUGCCCUGCCUGUCAGAAGGGAUUUGGGAGGAUUGACGCCCUGAGGAGUCACCUUGCCACCAAGAAAGCACAGUCCGUGGGCUGCCGGUUCAUUCUUGGUGAUCUCUCUAUCCCUCUCAUCGUUUCCCUUUCAGCAGUAGCUGUGGUGUAACUCAGGAUGAGUGAGGGCUUGAUGCUGCUGUCGAAAAGAAUGGAGUAUAUUCCAACAUACAUUCUUUCACACUCAACUCCAUCCCCCACAUCCGACGGCUCAAUCACAUCCAUUUCUCCUUCAUCCCACUUUGUGCCCACACACGGCGAUUAUGAAUCAUCCAGUUCUUCGACAUGAGACUUGCAUCUUCCAAGUCUCCUUCUGCUUCCCCUCCUGGCGCCACCAAAAC